UGCGUGUGCCUUCUACCUAUAUAUCUACUCACACGUGUCGAUAUUCUAGCUGUCCAUUUUUCUUCUUUUUUUUUAUUAUUUUUUUUAUCUCUCCCCUUCCGCUUCCUUUCAUUCUCCUCUUUCGCACUCCCCCAUUUUUUUAGGUGAAGAACAAAAGAAGCCGGAGGGAAGGGGGCCGGCCAUGGACGCCAUCGACGACGAGAAGCAACUCGACCGGGUCGAUUCUCUCCACGACCUGGACUCCGCCUCCACCACUUCCGGUUUGUCAUCCGUACUCAGUAGCGAUGAUUUCAGAAGCUCCUCAAGUUCCGGCGACAUCUGCGUCACCAGCAGUAGUUCCGGGGAGAUUCCUGCUGUUAUUGCGGCGGAGGCGGUGGAGACGAUGAUAGCGAGUGUUGUAGAUGAGCCGCCGACGACGACGAUGACGUUGACGGUGUCGGAAGCGGCGGCCAGACGGAAGUGCGUCGGGAGAAACAAUAGAGCGGGAGUGCAGUGGGGGCUCACUUCGGUUAUCGGACGGCGGAGGGAGAUGGAGGACGCAAUCGCCGUUAAGCCGGGAUUCAUGUCUACCAGAUGCGAUCAAGUCGGAGGUUGUACGGCUCAAGGUUCCAGAACCUCCGGUGAGAUCUCGCCUCUUCAUUUCUUCGGCGUCUACGAUGGUCACGGCGGCUCUCAGGUGGCCAAAUUCUGUGCGGAGCGAAUGCAUGAAGUGAUAGCGGAAGAGUGGGGGAGAGAAGGAAUCAACGGUCAUGAAUGGCAGAAGAGAUGGGAAGUUGCCUUCUCUAAUGGCUUCCAGAGGACUGAUAAUGAGGUGGUCUCAGAGGCGGUUGCAACCGACAUGGUUGGAUCCACGGCGGUUGUAGUCGUUCUAUCUGGCUGCCAGAUUAUUACAUCCAAUUGCGGCGACUCUAGAGCGGUUCUUUGCCAGCGGACUAAAGCCAUCCCAUUGACAGUCGAUCAAAAGCCUGACAGACAGGACGAACUCAUGAGAAUUGAAAGAGAGGGAGGCAAAGUCAUAAACUGGAUGGGUGCUAGAGUGCUGGGAGUUCUUGCCAUGUCAAGAGCCAUAGGGGAUCGGUAUUUACGGCCGUGGAUAAUUCCGGUGCCUGAAAUUAGUUUCACGACGAGGAGUGAUGAGGAUGAAUGUGUGGUUGUGGCGAGUGAUGGGCUUUGGGAUGUAAUGACCAAUGAAGAGGUUGGGCAGGUGGCUUGCCAUCUUCUUAGGCGGCUGCGCAGGUCGUCGCCAACUGAUGACACUCCUCCGGCGCAAAUUGUCGCCAAUAAUCUCACUGAAAUAGCAUAUGGAAGAAACAGUUCCGAUAACAUCUCUGUUAUUGUCAUCGAUCUGAAAGCAAGAAAAGCAAACCCACAGAGGCAAUGACAGAACGAGCGGGACUGUUCUAAAAAUCUUGAUGUCUGGAAGGCAAGGUUCUAAUUGCUCCACCCUGUUCUCUUCCAUAACUAAUAGAUAGCAUUCCCCUUCUUUGUUUCUGUCACUGUUCUCACCACUCUGCAUCCGAAAACAUGUACAGAGCCCACUAUCAAAAAUGAAAAUUUCUGCUUUGCUUUGUCAGAGAAAAAUUGUGCUCUCUGUAAAACUUCGUAUCAAUUUGAAUUGAUUUCUAUUUUCUUUUCUUUCAA